AUGGGGAAAUUGCAACCAUUUAACAUGGUUCCACUCAUUAGUAACAGCCACACAAUUUUCCGCCUUAUCACCGCAGCACACACCAUCCACACGGUAUAUAAUACCUCAAUUGAGUACAAAGAACCACAAAAAAUGGCAAAACAAGUAUUUUUUAUUGCUGGUGCUUCUCGUGGAAUUGGUCUUAGUUUGGCUACUUUAUUAAGCAAAAAUCCUGAAAAUGUGGUUAUUGCAACCGCUAGAAAUCCUGCUUCGGCUUCGGGUUUGCAAGAAUUGAGCAAAGCAGACAACGUCCAUGUUGUAACUUUGGACUUGAAUAAUGAAAAGACAUAUGAAACUGCCAAGGCAGAUGUGUUGAAAAUUUCAGAUUCAAUUGAUGUAUUCAUUGUCAACGCAGGUAUUAGUAACGCUCACGCCAAGGUUUUGGACACUACAAAGGAAGAGUUCCUUAGUCACUUCACUACCAAUACUCUUGGACCAUUCUUUUUGCUCCAAACCUUUUUGGGUUUGGAGCAAAAAGGGUACUCUGAAAAAGGUGAUUUUCGUUUCUAG